AUGUAUUUCAUCUCAUCGGAUAGAGUAAACAAGAUGGACACAGCAGGAGUAAUAAGCAUAACCAAACCAAUUUCACGAGUCGAAUAUGAAGAGGAGAGAUCCGAUGAUGAGAUGGAGGGGGAAGAGUCUUCUUUGGGUGAUCCAAGACAGCAAGAGGUCCGAGCAAAUGCUAUAGUGACACCUGGAGAAUUGAUUACAAGUGACCCUGUGUGGAUGAAAGGUCAUGGUACUUAUUUCAUCAACGAUAAAACCUAUUCCUCGGUUGUGGGUAACAUAUCCAGAGUCAAUCGUCUUCUAAGUGUGAAUGCCAUACGUGGUAAAUAUACACCAGAAACCGGUGAUCAUGUUGUUGGACGUAUAACGGAAGUUGCAAAUAAGAGGUGGAAAGUGGAUAUUGGAACCAAACAAGAUGCGAUAUUGAUGUUGGGAAGUGUCAAUUUACCAGGAGGGAUUUUACGUCGUAAAUCGGAAUCUGAUGAGUUGCAAAUGCGAUCCUUUUUGAAAGAAGGGGAUUUAUUAAACUGUGAAGUGCAGACAAUUUUCAACAAUGGUAUUGCAUCCUUGCAUACCAGGUCUCUCAAGUACGGAAAAUUGAGGAAUGGUAUAUUUUUAAAGAUCCCAAGUUCGUUGGUUGUAAAGUCCAAAAAUCACAGUUAUGACUUACCAGGUAAUGUUUCUGUUAUAUUAGGAGUUAAUGGUUACAUAUGGCUUUAUAAGACCAAAGCAAAACCAGCAACAUCAUCAGCCACGAAAAAUGAAACUGGAUUAAAGGUACAGCUGGGAGCCAAAGACUACACUCCUGGACAAGGAUCGGUUUCAAUAACAAGAUUAGAGGAGGAAAGUUCGUGGGAAAUAUACAGUGAUAAGAAUGAGGAGAUCAACCAACUGACGAGGAAUAAUAUUUCCAGAUACUAUAAUGUGAUUAAAGCGUUGGCGUUUGGAGAAUUGGGUAUAACUGAACAAAGAAUCAUUAUGGGAUACGAAGCAAGUUUGGCUUAUUCCAAUGUGGGUAGUUUGAUAGAUAGGGAGUCCAUGGAGCAAUUGUGUAGAGAGGUGUUGACAAGCGAGGAAAUGAGAGGCCAAUAG